AUGAUUGUUCCGAAUCUCAAGGGAGUSGCGCAAAGCCUCUGGCCUCACAACUAUACAGAGAUUUUGACCUCAACCUUGGAAAUCUCGUCAACUCUAUUCGCACGGAAGACUGGCAUCUUUGGCCGAAGAUCUCGUCAUGCCGCAGUUUCAAAUGAUAAAGGCCCUAAACGCACCGUUCCAACAGCGAUAACCGCGCGUGAGAGCGAACAGAGCCUGGCUCAGACCGUACAAACACCGACAGCAAAUCGUGAUGCUUCUUCGAUUGCACCGGAGGUCACUCCAGCCCUCCCUGAACUCGAGGAGAGACAACACUACCAGGACUUUCUUGACAGUAGCUUCGACCACCACUCCGACAGCAAGGUCAACAGCGAGUCCAACGGUAAAUACAUCGACAAGCAUAACGGCAAGCUCGACAACAACCCGUACCGAAUCCACCACAUCAACAUCCUCAACACCUUCCCCAACAUCAACAGAAGCAUCCUCGCCAAAAACUCCACCUUCCUCGUCCGCCGCCACCGCAGAAAGAUCGAAAAACGUCGCCUCGAAGAAGCAAACCCCUUCUUCCCCAAAAACUCGACCCCCCCUCCUCCCCAUUAUCAAGACCGUCCCGGCGGGCACAAUCGCAGCGGUAGCACAUCCCACGAUAUCUAUGGCACAAUGGGAGGUCCCACUUUUCCCUCCUCCCGUACGAAAUUUCAACAAACUUCCCCUGAGAAGGGUCGACUGAUUGAUAUGAACAGUCUUCAAGCCAAUCCUGCUCCGGGGCUGAGAGCAGAGGGAGGACCGGGUUUGCCGCCUGCUGCGUUCUUGAGACCUGCGCAGAUGUUGGAUGGGAGACCUAUUAAUGAGAUUGGAGGCGUUGRGAGGCCGAGGAGUGUUUGGGGAGCGAGGGGUAGUAAGUUUGGGGAGCAUAUCGCGGUGGAGAUGGAGGAUACGUCUUCAUUCCGCAACAAUGGCCCCGAGAAGACCAUCGAGCGUGCAUCCUCGUCUCUCAGCCAGGACUCUCCUAUCUUAGGACGCAAAACAGCUUUCAGCAAUUCCACAUCACCAUCUUCGUCUUUGGCUAAUGAGGCAAUAAGAAGACAGCAUCUCAUGUCUUGGAGCACUUAUGCUUCGGAUGGUGAUGGCGAGGGAAUGAGUGCUACUUUGAACUCAGCAAAGACGCCUCCAUCUGCACGAUCGAAUGAUUCACCAGUUAGCGAACAGUCGGGUGGACAGCUGCUGUCGAGUUCGACAUAUGCUGUUAGUCCACUACGCGAAAACAAGUUCUAA